AGCCGUCAGAGCAGCCGCGGCGCGAGCGGGGAAGGAGCCUUGUGCGCGCUCUCCGUCUCUCUCCCUCUCUCUCCCUCUCUGAAGCCCGGCCAGCCAAUCAGAUCGCUCGCUUGCUCUUUUUCUCCUCUCUCUCUCUCUCUCUCUCCUUCAGCCCGGUUGGUUUUGUGUUUCUCUCUCCGAGGCGACUCGGUCGGGCGAGAAAUUCCCCAUCUUCUUGUAUUUUGAAUAUAUAUAUUUAAAUUUUACUAUUUCUAUCUAUUUUCAAAACAACCGCAAUCCAGGAAGAUGGUGGACCGUGAGCAGCUGGUGCAGAAAGCCCGGCUGGCCGAGCAGGCUGAGCGCUACGACGACAUGGCGGCUGCCAUGAAGAACGUGACGGAGCUGAACGAGCCACUCUCCAACGAAGAGCGCAACCUGCUCUCUGUGGCCUACAAGAACGUGGUGGGGGCGCGGCGCUCCUCGUGGCGCGUGAUCAGCAGCAUCGAGCAGAAGACCUCCGCCGACGGCAACGAGAAGAAGAUCGAGAUGGUGCGGGCUUACCGCGAGAAGAUCGAGAAGGAGCUGGAGGCGGUGUGCCAGGACGUGCUGAGCCUGCUGGACAACUACCUGAUCAAGAACUGCAGCGAGACCCAGUACGAGAGCAAGGUCUUCUACCUGAAGAUGAAAGGGGACUACUACCGCUACCUGGCGGAGGUGGCCACGGGGGAGAAGCGGGCGACGGUGGUGGAGUCCUCCGAGAAGGCCUACAGCGAGGCCCACGAGAUCAGCAAGGAGCACAUGCAGCCCACGCACCCCAUCCGGCUGGGCUUGGCCCUUAACUACUCUGUUUUCUACUACGAGAUCCAGAACGCCCCGGAGCAGGCGUGCCACCUGGCCAAGACGGCCUUCGACGACGCCAUCGCCGAGCUGGACACCCUCAACGAGGACUCCUACAAGGACUCCACCCUCAUCAUGCAGCUCCUGCGCGACAACCUAACGCUCUGGACGAGCGACCAGCAGGACGACGACGGCGGCGAAGGCAACAACUAGGGCCCCUCGGACGGACUGGCAGCCGCACGCCGAUGCUACUCCUGCAGUCUUUAUGUUUUUUUCCCACCAGUUUUUUGGGGGGAGGGGGUCAGGGGUGGGGAGGGGAGGGGGAGAGGAGGGGCGACCUUCCCGGGAGGCUCCCCACAAACCUGUCUUGGAUUGCCUCUUUGACACUUUUGCCAAAACACCACUCGUGGGAAGUCAGGCCGGCUGGGGCGUGUUUGGGAAGGGAAGAAGGGAAGGAAGGAAGGAAGGAACGGAGCCUCGCAGUGGCAUAUUAUGGACUGUUCUGUAGACAACUAAAUAGUAAUACCAGGGGAGCUGUCUUUAAGUUAUCUUAACCGCUAGGCGUUGACGAUGACUAACUCGAAUGGAAUGGCCCUCUUUUUUUUAACGUUUUCGUUUUUGGCCGUUGCGUUGCACGUUUUGGUUUGCCGUUCCGUGGUUUCCAGUUAGCUUUUUUCGGUCCAUCUCUCCUUUGUUUCCUUUUCUUCCCCUAUUUAUAAACCUCACCCAUCGUGACGUUUAACUAGUUGUGUGUCUCUUCUCCCGGUCCUUAGUUUUGGAGCGCCACUUGCUGACGAUCGCGUCACUUUUACAGGCGAAAAACUCGCAAAACACCCGCGUCUUGGAGCUUUCUCGAGAUACUUAAGAUAGCUCGCAGUAUUAACGCUCAACCGCAGUUUACAGUAUUUCUACGCGACAGCCAUAUUUGACAUCAAGCCAUCGAGUGUGAACUUGCUUUGCUUCUUCUUUUGUUUUCUUUUUCCCUGACUCGCUUGCUCUCCUUUAGUCCACCAUCUUUAAUUUCCUCGUUCCGAUUCAUAGCCAUUUUCAUUGGUGCUUGGCGAGCGGCUGUAUAGAAGUUUCCAAGAAUCAACAGGAGGAAAGGAUAGCGAGAAUGGAAGUAAUUAGAAUUUGAAAUAUUCCAAGGGGAAGCCAGUGGACUGAUGCCAUUUCUGGGCGUCUCCUGUGACAGCCCCUAAAUUCAUUCUUGAUUCCUUUCUCUAAAAAGGGGGUUGCAACCUCUCCUUCGUGCUGUCUCUAACAAAGGUUUUCUGCUGGGUGGCAAGAUCACUUAGAAGAUACCUUUUUCGUUUUCAUGUCUUUGCUGCAUGCAAGCACGCAUUGCCGAUGAUGACCUUGGUGAAAAUGCGGAGCAAAUUUGGAACGAAAUUGUAGGCACUCCGGAACUUGAGCACCGAAACCGAAUGCUUUUUUCCUUCUGUGUCUUUGCUGCAUGCAAACACGUGUUGUUGACAACCUUGUCUAAAAUGCAGAGUAAAUUUGGAACGAAAUUGUAGGCACUCCGGAACUUGAGCACCGAAACCGAAUCUCUUUCCCCGAACGAAACUUCCGUCUCAAAUUAGAAAAAAGAAAAGGGUAAAUUUUCCAGGAAAGGAUGAUUCUUGGAAAUUUUAGUUGUUUUCACGUUUAAGUUUUUCCUCGUCGAAAGUGGGAGAAUCCUCACUUUUGUGGCUCGUGUCUUUGCGUCGCAUUCGAUCGCAAUGAGGAGGGUCCCUGUUUUGUUCUUUUUGAGGGGCCAACAAAGCGCUCGUAAAUGCGGCAUUGGUGGAUGGUAAGAUCACUUAGGAGAUGCCUUUUUUCCUUCUAUGUCUUUGCUGCAUGCAAACACGUGUUGUUGACAACCUUGUCCAAAAUGCAGAGUAAAUUUGGAAUGAAAUUGUAGGCGCUCCGGAACUUGAGCACCGAAACCGAAUCUCUUCCCCCGAACGAAUUAUAAACGAAUUACGUCUCAAAUACUAAAAAAUUACGUCUCAAAUUUUAAAAAAUUACGUCUCAAAUUAUAAAAAAUUACGUCUCACAUUAUAAAAAAAAUAAUAGCGUAAAUUUUCUAGGAAAGGAUGAUUCUUGGAAAUUUUAGUCAUUUUCAUGUUGUCGUUUUUCCUCGCCGAAAGUGGGAGAACGUCACUUUCGUGGUUCGUGUCUUUGCGUCGCAUUCGAUCGUUGCGAGAAGGGUCCUUUUUUUUGUUUUGUUUUUUUCCGAGGGGCCAACAAAACGCUCGUAAACGCGGCGUCGGUGCGGACACCGUUCCUUUAGAAACCUGCCACUCGCUCAUGCUUUGUUGCCGCGCGGCGGUUUGCGUCGGAUAGAUUUUUGCGUCCGGUGGGUUUUUUGCGUCCGAUCCGAUCCGAGGAAGACUAGGAGAGGCUUGCAAAGAUUUGGGACGACGGAGCCCCGAAACGUCGGGGAACCGGAGGGACAUCUUCCCGCUUCUCUUUCCGUUUGCCGUCGUUGUCGUCGUCGUGUCGCAUGAGCCGUGGCUUUGUUUUGGUUUGGAAGUGCUUUAUUGGAAUUACGAAACCCCUUCACCUACACAAAACACACACACAUAUAUAUAGAAACCGAUAUAUAUAUAUGUCUCUUCUUCUCAUAUACCCCUCGCUUUUAGCUCUGGCUGCUUUAGGAAAACUAUACGCGCAAAGGGGGGACAAGACCGCACAAGAGGGCUCAAUUCGGAGGGAGGGUUUCGGGGGGAUUUGUGAGCAGCUUGAAUGGUUCUGAUAUUUUUCCUCUCGUUUUUCUUUCUUUCGUUCGAGAAAUGCACUUGCCUAUGAUAGCCGUCUCUCCAGUGAAAUGAAUUAACUGCUCCAUUACUCUAUUGAUACAAUAUUGUGCAUGCUGGUGUCGUAUUUCUAUAAGAGUAGCUUGAAAUUUAUUAACUUAUACUGUAGGUGUUAUGUAUUCCUAUGACAAAAUAGUCUUCAGCGAUUUUUUAAAAAAAGUUUUUUUUUAAUUUAUUUUGAAUUAUUUUAAUUUUUUUCUUUUAAUUUUGGGGGGCAAAAUUAAAAAAAAAAUAAAGUUUGCUCUCCCAAAUAGUGACCGUAACGAAGCCGAUCUAGAUGUUGCUAUAGUGACAUGCGAUUCUAUGCGAAUUCGUUCUCUUUUUUAUUUUUAGUCUCGGAAGUUACGAAGAAAAAAAAAAGUCCGAAAGCAAACGAAAACACCAGUGUUAGCCGAAUCUUAAUGUCUGGUGUGCGUCAUGGUGAAAUUAUAACUAUUACAGUGUAGGAGAAAAACGAAUGAAGCCUUUGUUUGUGCUUUUUCUGUCAUGUUUAUGAUGCAGUGAACUCUUUUUAAGGUCGAAUCAGUGGUUACGAUUACUUUUCCUUUUCUUUUUUCCUUUUCUUUUUCCCGACUCCGUGUUUCUGUAAGGGAUGAAUUCACACACGGACCAUUCUUAGCAGUUUUCCUCAGUGAUGGAAUAUCAUGAAUGUGAGUCAUUAUGUAGCCGUCGUACAUUGAAGCCAAUAAACUUAAACAGAUCUGAUGUCA